CCACUCUCAUUGGUGGACACGGGUCAGAGGUGUGAUUGGUCUGAGGGCCGCGGCCGCUAUUGGUUCACGAGUCCGAGCUCCGUGCACUGCCUGGCGUCCCGGUGGCUGCCCGCCAUCCUGGGGGCUGAAGGUCCCAGCCGCUGGCCCUCCUUUUAUCCCCGCUACCCGGCCCUGCUUGGCGCCAUGGGCCUUGGCUAGCAGCCGCGCGUCUCACUCAAACCCGCUUGAACACCCUUAAUGGGCGUGCAGCUGGGCCAAUCAUCAGGCACAGACCGUGGGAUAGUUGGCGCGGACUCGUCUACCCACCAAUCAGUGGAUUCUGGGGGCGGGUACGGUGCCGCAAGCAGGAAUGUCUGCCACUGCAGAUGGUUCAUUUAGUACAGCCUCUCAAGGCGGUGGCAACAGUGAAGCCCAACAUUUGCUGCAGACGUUUUGGCCACGUGUCAUGGAAGAGAUUCGCAACUUAACACCGAAUGAUUUCAAGAUGCAGGAUCUUCCCUUGGCUCGAAUCAAGAAGAUUAUGAAACUCGAUGAAGAUGUAAAGAUGAUCAGCGCAGAGGCACCAGUGCUGUUUGCAAAAGCAGCUCAAAUUUUCAUUACUGAAUUAUCCUUACGAGCAUGGAUACAUACUGAAGAUAACAAACGCAGGACCCUGCAGAGGAAUGAUAUUGCUAUGGCCAUCACAAAGUUCGAUCAGUUUGAUUUUCUAAUUGACAUUGUUCCUAGAGAUGAGCUCAAGCCCCCAAAACGGCAGGAGGAAGUCCGCCAGGCAGUUCCAAGCUCCGAGCAAGUGCAGUACUAUUUCACGUUGGCCCAGCAGCCAACAACGGUGCAAGUACAGGGGCAGCAGCAGGGACAGAGUUCCAGCGGCUCAACCAUUCAGCCAAGUCAGAUCAUCAUUGGGCAACCACAGCAGGGUCAGGUUGUGCAAGGAGCCACUGUCCAACAGUUGCAGCAAGUGCAGGUGGCACAGUCUCAGACUACUGCAUCAUCCAUCACGAGUGCCCCAGUGACGAUGCAGGUUGGAGAUGGACAACAGGUGCAGCUUGUUCCAGCACAAAACCAAACACAGCAGGCUCAGAGCAACUCUGGGCAAACCAUGCAGGUCAUGCAGCAGAUCAUCACCAACACUGGCGAGAUCCAACAGAUACCAGUGCAGUUGAAUGCUGGGCAGCUGCAGUAUAUCCGUUUGGCUCAGCCUGUAUCUGGAGCUCAAGUGGUACAGGGACAGAUCCAGACCCUUACCCCAGGCAAUCCACAGCAGGUUGGUCAAGCAGAGGUUCAACAGGGUCAGCAGCAGCAGCAGCAACAAUACAACCAGUUUACUGAUGGGCAGCAGCUGUACCAGAUUCAACAGGUCACCAUGCCAGCCGGACAAGACAUCGCCCAGCCCAUGUUCAUCCAAUCCACUAAUCAGACUGCAGAUGGACAGACGGCCCAGGUCACGGAAUAGUCCAACGUGAUGGAGAGGUGGAAGCAACUGUCACAGAAGCCAUUGUAUAAAUAGUACAGUAACUAAAUAACUGGGAUAGAAAUUGAUUUUUUAAAGUUUUUUUCACCAUUGCAUUGUGUUAAGUAAAAUUAAUUGUACAUAUAUAAAAUGCAAUAAACUCCUUCUGAGAAGCUUUGUAACCCCAUAUACAAGAGUCGACGGGAAGGAGAAUUCUUGUCUGUGCUGAUUAUCCAGUACCAUCACUGACCAUAUUGCUGUUCUCUUGUUCAGUUGUACAGUGUUGUGCCUGACCUUUUUUUAUAUAAAGAAAUGCAACUCAUGUUAAAAAUGGAAGUAACCUAAACAACUGUGUUUCUUGGCUGAAUUAAUAAGGGGUAGUCUAAGUCACAAUUUUGUAGUAAUAGGUUUAUAAACAAGUAUUCCCUCUCAGUCUUAAUCAUCAAAAGAUCUUUACAUGAACAUUGACUAGAAUUUCAAGAAUGGAUCAUUAGGAUGCAUUUGUAGUGUCAGAUUCAAUUUCCUGCAAGAGGAUAUUAUUUUGUGGCUCUUGGGUUUGCCACAGUAAAUGUAAAUUCUGAGGAAUGCUAAAUAUUAUUUGCAGAAUGCAUUCUCAAUAACUUGCUGUGUGUUUUAGCUGUUGGAGAAAAUGUGGUUGUUUUUCUUAUGUUUAAAACUUUUCAAUUGUUUUAUAAAAUGCUGAUUGUUCACAUGAAAUAGGUGUUGACUAUACCUUGGAUCUAGCUACAUAACUGACCGGUUAACUGCUUGGGGCCAUAAAGCUGAAUAGGAUGGUCAGGGGUUGCCUUGGGUGUAGAUCUAUUCGUGAGAGAUCUCUGAUUAAAUUUUUCCCAGUUUGGCAGCAUGCUGCAAGUCUAGUAAUUCCCCUGAAUGUCGAGGUAAAUCAGCUGUCUUCCAAGACAUGUAUUGCAUUUCUCCAUACUGCACGAUAAUAUAAAUGAGGGGGAUCCUUUCAUCCAACUAGCAAUAAAUCUUGCACUGUACCCUCACUGCAACUUCUAACUUGCAUUUUGAUAAUUCUGGGAUUUUUGCCCAUGUUACUAAAACACUGUUGAUCAUUGCAUGAAGAAUAUUCUGGUGGCAAUACUGCAGUAGCCUGUUAUUUCCUGGAACCCGUGUACAGUGGACAGUUACCAAAGUAUUCUUUGGUAUUCUGCCUUUUGUUGUGGCAUUGACUAUCUUGUGGUCCUUCAUUUUAAACUGGAAAGAUCUAAUUUCUUAAGCUUUUCUCACAAAAAAUCCAUGAUGCUGAUUCUAGAGCCCAUAGAUGUUUUCUGCAGUGUUUCAGUGUCUCCUUUUCUGUUUUGCUGACCAGAGAAAGAAACUGUAGUAAAGAAUGUAACAGGACUUCGCAGAAGCUGCGUGUUGCAUGUGUUGUUGAGCAUUGAGUCAGCUAGUUAGUUGUUCCUCUGCACAGUAUUAUGGCCAUUCUCAGGCUGUGAGUGAUGCUGACUGGGCCAGCUUUUAUCACUCAGCCCUGAUAACCUGGUGAAAUAAUGGACAGCCACCUUGAAUUGUAAUCAUUGUGGUGAAGAUAGUCUUUCAGUCAGAACUUGUAAACAUGAGAAGGUCAUAAGUCCCUUGGGCCACUUUUACCACCUUGUGAGAUCACAGCUGAUUUGUUUCUCCGUAUACCUUUUUUUUCCAAUGUAACUCUUUGGUUAAUAAAAUCCUACAAUCUCAAGUUUAUCCUCCAGCUUGACAAAAGUUGCCAUGUGCUGAAGAGUGUUCCAAAUGUUUGUCACCAUAUGUGAAGAGAAAUACAUCGGGCCUGCUUAUUUUUUCCUUUGCUCCCAAGGGGGAAAAUAUGUCCCAGCAGUUAUAGUUCCCUCCUAUGUAUCCUGUCAGAUCUCCUUAAUGCUUCAAAAAUGUUUAUUCAAAGCACUCUUUAAUCAUUUGAAUUCCAGGAAAACAACCAUUAUUCCAGGAUAUUGACCCAAUGUUUGGAACUAAAAUUGACUUUUAACAGAGCUUCAUUUCUCUUCAAUUCAUUUCUAGCUAUUUGACAAUGUGCACAGAGUAAAUGCUGCUGUAUUCCUCCUGUGAGCCAGAUCUGCCAGUAUUGCUUCAUCUGUUUCUGCUUUAGUAGAGCAGUUUACCUCACAUUUUCCAAAUUUCCAAAAUUAAAUGCAUCCUGUCAAUUCUACUACCUGAAUAAGAUAACAUCCUGAAUAAAGUUAAACGUACAAUCGUCGCUGUAUUUCCAAACAUAAUAGAGAGAGGAUACUGGAAGGUUUUGGGUGGUCCAUAGAAAAUCCAUAGUCCUUUCAAGUUUCUGUAAUUAUUAAAUCUAAAUUAAUUCAUGUUAAUUGUGCAGUAAUCUUUUCUAUUAUCUUUGGAGAACACAACAGGGAGUAGAAGAUCAAUUGGCCUCAAGCCUGCUCUAUUAAGAAGUUGGUUGAUUUAAUCUUUGAUCUCAACUUUCUUUUCCUUCCGGUUCCCUAUGACCACCACCCACCCCCCUUCCCCUUCUCGUGCUCUCACAUUUCACCCGCCAGCUUGUACUGCUCUGGCUUCUGCCCCCUUCCUUUCCAGUUUGAAACUUCCCUCUGUAGCUGCUGCCUGACUUGAGUUCCUCUAGCAUUUUGUGUGUAUUCCCCAGUUUAGUAAUUUACUAUUGAGAGACAGUAGGUUCUUGACUUUGAAGCACCGUAGGGAAGAAAAAAAUACUUGAAAAUUUUAAAGCUUUUCGUAACCCAUGUAAACAGAUAAAGUUUGGAGUUUAGAUUGCCAGAGCAAGGCGGAUGCUAGUCUCAUGUCAUUUAUUGGAAACCUUCUCUGUUCAUCUGACCAGCAGGGGCCAAUUUGCUAAUUGUUCUGCAAGCUGUCCAUCAAUUACAAACACCAGUUUGUGGACACUUAUACAAAGAUAGGUCUAACGUGUACAUGAUGCUCAUUCUGACAAAUGGCAGGACUGGUUUCCCCACUUUUAGUAACUAUCACAGCUGUGUACUUUUAUUGCUGUUCAUUGCAAUACUGCUAGUGGGUUUCUCACAUCAAGUGAUUUUUGUGUAUUUUCCAAUUUAUGGACACAUUGGAUAUCUAUAACAACAGAACCUGUUUGUUCCAAUGGGAGAAUAGUCUUUGCUCCAUAGGAUAGUGCUAUUCAGUUUAUCUGGCUGAUGAUGGUUGUUUUGGAAAAUUAUCCAAUUAGGGACCCAAUUAAGUACUUGAAAAGAUGAAAUUUUGCAGAGCUUUGAAGAGGUCUGGGAAGUGGGAUUAGCUGGAUUACUAGUCCACAGAGUUGCUACUGAUCCAACAGAUUGAGGAUUCUCCUUCCAUGCUGUAACUUUAAUAUGAAGAUAACAAAAUACGAACAAUACCUGCUUUGUCAUUUAAUUAGUUCACAGCAGGUCUGAUUUCUAGUUCUAUUUUCUUAACUGUUUCCACCACCAUUGGGGUAGUACCUCCCAAAUUAUAAUGUCUAAGAUUAUUUUCCCUUUCAUACAAGUUUUUACUUUAAAUCUUUCAUCUCUAAUUUCUCAUCUGCCAGGCCAUGGGAAAAACAUUUUCUUGCCUAAUGGCCUUGUGAUUUUGAAUGUGUCUACCAACUUUCCUACUCACCUUUCCUGUAAGGGCAUGAAAUUGAUAACUGAUGUGACAUCUAAGGAGCCAGAUAAUUUGUGUUUUAGUGUGCACCACCUCCUCUGCCAUCAGGUUUGUUUUCUAGGCAGUGCACUGACAUGGAAUAAUCUGACUUGGUGCUGAUAGUCCACUCUUUCCAAAAGUCAAUGGCACAGAACCGAGAAGAGUUCUGGGUGUUGCUUAUGGAUCUUUUAAAGAAUAGGUAAUACUAAUACUGGAACACAACUGGAGGAAUUCUUUUCCCGAGAGUGAGAUGAAACCAGCUGUGUCCUUAUUGAAAGCUGUUUUAAUCUCAGAAAAUUGUAUCAUCCCUAAAAAUGAUUUGUCCUUUGUUGAACUCUCACCUUGGGUGCUCCUGUAUUAUGUGGGUAAAAAUUAUUUUCAUUGGGUCUGUGACGAUGCAGACAUCGUGAAUAGAGUUAGGCAGGUGUCAAGAUGAUGCACACUUGAAACUGUAAUAUUUGAGCUCAUUUGUGAAGCGUCAUAAGCAGUCAUAGAUCUUGGCAUUUCCAAGGAUGUGAUUAGCAUUAUGAACUUCCCUUUCCCCAUUCCUAUCCCACCCCUUUCUCUCUCCUCUUUUGGAAUUAUUCUUACUAUAGCCCAUUUCCAGUAGUUGAUCUUAUUAAAUAAUUUCCCACAGCUUCAACUGAGAUGACAAGAUGUCCACACAAGUCAUGUCUCUACUGAGCUUCUGCGUCCAUCCUUUAAAAAGAUUGGGUUAAGGUGCAAGCUUUGCAGCCACUCCUGGAGGUGAAAUCCCUUCCCUGAAAUGGUUGAGUGCCAUUUCCAGGUUGAAGAUCUAGUAUGCUGGGUCCUGUGCUACAAUGUCCUGCACUUCUCCAAUGCAUGUGAUACACUGGGUGCAUUUGUUGUUUGAAAUUGUCUUACGGAUUUUCUGAUAUCCAGAGUCUUUGAUAUUAGCCCACUUAUACUUUA